UCACCUUCCUCUAAGUCGACGACAAGGUAGCCUGGGCAGAGGGUGUCUGGACUGAAGGUGGAGCGUCCGAAUCGUCUGCGAAACAAGAGUCAAUAGGAAAUGGUCUUGGGAGGGAUGCUAUUUGGUCUCGAGAAGAAUGUUUCUCCCGAUGCGAAGGCCUCUUCCUAGUCGCUCUUUGCUUUAAGAUUUGGAUGGCACAUCACCGCAGCGCUCGUGACACCGCAUUUAAAGGCUACUGACCUUCUUGCUUGUUGAACAAGUCGGUCUUGAACCGAAAAGACAGACUGAGAAGAAGGUCAAUCGGGACAGCGAGAGAGAGAGAGAGAGAGAGAAAGACAGAAAGAGAGAACCAGUGCAAAAGAAGUUAGCAAGCUCGAGAGCGGCAACCAGUCUCCGGAUGAGCGCCGCUUGGAUUGCUUGUUUCUGCAGCAUUGAAAUCUCCUGAAAUCUGUCAUUUACUGGCUGCUAGUUCACGCAUGUCAUCGGUGCUGGUUUUGACAUUUACCUUAGAGGAAGUUCUUUUUCUUUUGACGUUUAUGUUAGACGAAGUUCCGCUUCUGCCGUUUGCGCCAGGAAAAGUUUUGUCGUUGCCCUGAACGAAAGUGUGAAAUUGUUUAAUUGUUUUUUUGUGUAAGGUGCGUGCAAGAAAAACCACCAAUGUGUCGAAAUCAGCCACAAAAUCAGUCGGGAGAGAAGAUGAGGGGCGAGGAGCGAGACAAGAUGCCCCCAUCUCCCACGGGGCGUGAGAGCAGGCCCAGAAUGCAGCAGCAGAUCGCCCGGCUCAGAAUCGUGGUGCUUGGGGCCGAAGGCGUUGGCAAGUCUGCCCUCACAGUGAGGUACCUGACAAGGCGGUACAUCAGCGAGUACCGUCGAGCAAUUGAUCUUCUGUAUCGCCACACGGUUUGCCUUGAUGAUGUCACAUCUGAAGUGGAAAUACUGGACGUUUCUUUAAGAGAAGAGAACGAAGGAGUUUCGGCGUCUCACACCCGCUGGGGGGAGGGCUUCGUCGUCGUUUACUCCGUGGACGACGUGUCGUCGUUUCAGGAAGCCGCCGCCAUACUAGAUACCCUUCAGAGGUUAAAGGCUCCGCUUUAUGUGCCCGUCAUUCUCCUGGCCAACAAGAGAGACCUUGACCCCGGCAGACAGGUGUCAGUCGAAGACGGCCAGGCCCUCUCCCUGCAACACGGAUGCCAGUUUUACGAAGUAAGCGCAGCCGAGAGCCACGUCGGAGUCACCCUAGCCUUCCAGGCCCUCCUGAGGGAGACCCGUUCCUUACAGCUGACGAGGCCGCUGCCGAGACAAAGGAGGAUAUCCAUCGUCGCCGUGUCCAGGAUGAUUGGUUCCCUCAUCGGCCGGGGAUCUGACCCACCGUCGCCCACCCUCAAGCCCACAGUCAUCGUCCAAGAACCGGCAGGAAAGCGAGCUCUCAGGAGGAAGGAUAAGAAGCGUCCUUCGCUGAGCCUAUGAUAACUACUGCGCAUGCGCAUGUGAUUUCACCCACACAGCCUCACUGCGCAUUUUUAAAUU